AUGGCGCCCGGCGCUCUUCAGGUUGUUGAGGACGUGGUCUUUUCGGAGCCGACCCCCGAGCAGCGCUGGUCAGAGCCCGUCUCGUUUGGCGGCGACGACCAGUGGCUGUUCGACCCGAAAACGAAGCGCUUCGACCUUAGCCGGGGCUCUAGGAGGAAGUUGACCAUCGACGCCGAUGAUGGCAUCCGUCACCACCGUGGAUGCACCAUUGAUCCUGAGAAGACGGUUCUCGUGGUCAUUGACAUGCAAAACUUCUUCAUCCACCCGCUCUUCCACAAGCACGUGGCCGGACUUGCCGCCGUCGAACCCACCAUCAAGGUGAUUGAGCGGUGCAGAAGCGAAGGGAUCCAGGUAGCCUGGCUCAAUUGGGGCCUGGACGAGCAUGAUCUCCGCAUUAUGCCCCCGGCCGUUCAGAGAGGAUUCUGCCACAACAUCGCAAAGACCCGAGGCUAUGGAUGGCACACGCGUCUUGGAGUCGACAUGGGCAAUGGACAUGGCCGCUGCCUGUUCAAGGGCACUUGGAACGCCCAACUUUAUGAACCUCUCAAAGCCGUGGUUGCCAGCGAUGACCUCUUCUUCGACAAGAAUCGCAUGAGCGGCAUGUGGUCUCCGGACGAGCCUCUGCACCGGUACCUUCGCGAGAGCGGGAAGAAAACGAUCCUAUUCGCAGGAGUCAACACCGACCAGUGCGUUUUCGGAACCGUUUCGGACUCGUACUCUUGGGGUUUCGACUGCAUUUUGCUAAGCGACUGCACCGGAACGAUGACCGGCCCCGAGGCGCAGGUCGUCAGCGACUACAACAUUGCCACAAACAUGGGAUUUGUGGCUGACAGUAGGUCGUUCCUUGCGGCGGAGAGCCAUUGA